GUUCAUGUAUUAAGGUUAGAGUUAGUAUGGUUUAUAAUCAUGGUCUAUUAUUUAUGUAUUUCGUGAAUUGCGUUACACGGUCCUAUUGUUCGUUAAAUAUUUUAAUUUUAGGUUAGUACAAAAUAAAGUUUUUAAAUUAUAUAUAAUUAUUUAAAAUAAUUUAACUUUUAAUUGUGUUCGUUAAUUUCAAUGACAGUUGUAUUUUCUGUCACAGUUUUUGAUACGAUGAUAUGUUGGGCGUAUUUUGAUGGUGGGUGAGAUUAUUUGGUAACAAGUGAUGUUGAUAUCGAAAUCAUUAAAAAAUUAUUUUUUGAAGAAUAAAUAUAUAUAUUAAUGAUUUUGACACAUGAGUAUAUUUUCAUUUAAAUGUAAUAAAAAGUUAUAAAAUUUAAUGAAAUAAUUGUGUAUAGUUCAGUGGCAUGUAGUUAUUAAACCUUAAUUUUAAGUCUCAAAUCCGUGCAAUACUGGUUGAGUUUCUAAAGUGACGACUACAUGGCCAAAUUCCAAUUUUUCUUCUUCUUUCAUCUGAGUUCUGACCCCCUCCCCCUUGUCUAAACUACUUUGUCUGCAGUUUCGUUGUGCUUAAAUUUGUGGCCAGCAUUAGUCCGUCAAGGUUUGAUGGAAUUAUAGAUAAUCAUUUUCCAUGAACAAGCGUCAGUUCCUUUUCUUUUUAUUAUAUAUAUUAUAUAUUUUGAGUUUGGCUUUAUGAAUGGAUUGAGGAUUAUGAUUGACAAACUGUGAUUAAAAUACGAUCGGCAAAGUCAUUUUUUUAGGAAAAAGAAAUCAAACUUAAAUAUUAGAAUUAAAAAAUAUGCAUGGGUCAAAUCUCCUUCUGUUCCCCAGUCGCAAUAACCCAAAUUGGCGGCCUUGAAUCACCCUAUGUCUGAUAGAUUCUUCCACGUGUCGAGCAUUGACCGAAUCUGGCACGCGCUAUCCACACUCCCUCCUUCACUCAUUUCCUCUCACGUUUUUGGUUUUCUCCUUCUCGAGCAAAGGCAAAGCCGCAGCUGCCGAGGAACACAGGCAGGGAGGAACCAAAAAAGCUUCUCAGCACCGCAAGUAGGUUUGAACUUUCUGUAUUUGUGGUUGAGUAUCAGCGAAUAGAUGACGGCUUCUGUAGUUACGAAUCACAAGGCUAUACCACGCCAUGCUAUCCACACAGCUGAUGUUUCGGAAUUGGGAUUAUGCACCCUGAGGGGGAAUUUUGCAUAUCAGCCUUGCAGACUUAAUGUAAGACAGCCAGCGCAAAUGGUUCAAUUAUCAGCAAAAUUCAGGAGCACCCUCGCUAGAAAGACUGCAGCUUUUUCUAUUCCAAAUGAAAACAAUGAAGCUGAAAGAAGCAGGUCGUGUGCUUGUUCCGAUGAUCAAGUUCUCAUGCCUUUGGAAAAUUACAAUAGUUCCUGUCAUGUGGAUGGGGAAGCUGUUGAUUCUCUUUCAAAAUCAGAAGCAGGAUUCUUUCAGAGGGUUGAGCACUUGGGAAACCAGGCAAGCGUUCUUGACAAAUUGAGGGCUGUAUAUUUACAUGUGUUAGCAUCGGAACAAUGGAAUGCUUCUAGGCUGAAGCUAUCUCGCAAAAAUUACAUGGAGAGUGCAACAAACUUAAUCCAUUAUCUGGCUUUGAAAUCUCUUGACACUGAAGCACUCAAGGAUGAUCUUGCUUUGAUCAGUCUGUUGAAUUUGGAGAUGGUCAAUUCAUCUGUCCUAGCAAGUCUAACCACAGGCAUCCAACUGUUAGGAAACCUACAAUUAAAUUCUGUAAGGGCUAAUGAGAAUGUUAGUGCUGAAAUUUGCAUGCAGGAAAAAUUAGAUCAGCAAAAUAAAGGGAAUUUCAUGAUAAAUGCAAUGAGGAAGAAGGCAUUUUUAAAUAGAGAGUUAUUAUUGGGACCACUUCAAGAUAGCAGACUUACGCAUAUCAUGACAACAGUUGGCGAAGAAGCUCUUGAGAGUGAAACACUAAUAACCAAUCUUAUAAAGGCUGGGACUUCUAUUAUUCGAAUCAAUUGUGCACAUGGAAACCCGGAAAUUUGGAGUGAGAUAAUCAGAAGAGUAAAACAAAGUUCUCAAAUGCUGGAGGCACCAUGUCGAAUUCUUAUGGAUUUAGCUGGACCAAAACUUCGUACAGAUAAUCUAAAACCUGGUCCAUGUGUGGUAAAAAUAUCUCCCAAGAAAAAUGCUUCUGGAAAUGUGAUUUUUCCUGCACAAGUCUGGCUUUCUCACAAAGGAGCAGGCCCGCCUCCUCCUCAUCUUUCUCCUGAUGCAGUUCUGUUCAUAGAUGACCAAGAAUUUCUCACUGAGAUCAAAGUAGGUGAUACUUUGAGGUUCUUUGAUGCUAGAGGUAAGAAAAGGAUGCUAAAGAUCUCCAGAGUCUUUCACAUUUUUUCAGGUACUGGUUUUAUGGCUGAGUGUACUAGGACUGCUUAUGUUAGUUCUGGAACAGAAUUACUUAUUAAGAGGAAGAAAGGUAGGUUCCUUGUUGGAAAAGUGGUAGAUAUCCCUGCUAGAGAGUCAUUUAUCAGACUAAGAGUUGGAGACUUGCUAAUUAUAUCGCAGGAUGGUAAGUCUGACCAGGAUAACUCCUAUGGGCACACGAGUCAUGCUUAUAGAAUAGCAUGUUCAUCAGGCUAUCUGUUUGAUGCAGUCAAACCUGGAGAGCGCAUAGCUUUUGAUGAUGGAAAGAUUUGGGGAGUCAUCAAGGGAACUAGUAGUUCAGAGAUUGUUGUCUCAAUUACUCAUGCUGGCCCAAGAGGGACUAAACUUGGAUCACAGAAAUCCAUCAACAUUCCAGACAGCGAUAUUCGGUACGAAGGUCUGACUUCAAAGGAUCUGGUGGAUCUCGAAUUUGUUGCUUCCCAUGCAGACAUGGUGGGUGUUUCAUUUGUUCGAGAUACUCGUGAUGUUGUUGUGCUUCUCCAAGAACUGGAGAAAAGGAAACUUCAGAACUUGGGGAUUGUUUUGAAAAUUGAAACAAAAAGUGGGUUUGAGAUAUUGCCCCUCUUGCUCUUGGAGGCGAUGAAGUCUUCAAAUCCUUUAGGGGUUAUGAUUGCCAGGGGAGAUCUUGCAGUAGAGUGUGGCUGGGAAAGAUUGGCUGAUAUACAAGAGGAAAUAUUGUCUGUUUGUGGCGCUGCUCAUAUACCAGUUAUUUGGGCAACUCAGGUCCUGGAAUCACUUGUCAAAUCUGGUAUUCCUACCAGAGCUGAGAUUACUGAUGUUGCAAAUGGAAGGAGGGCAAGCUGCAUUAUGUUGAAUAAAGGGAGACACAUUGUACAAGCUGUUUCAACUCUAGAUAGUAUCCUCCGGGCAAAUUCCAAGGAGAUGAAAGCCAAACUGAAGCCUCUUGUUCUGUCCAGCCAUCUCUUUUAGGGAAGCCCGGUUUCUUGCAUUUAGUGGAAUACUGUCAUUUUGUAUAGUUACCAGCAGCACGUAUCUAAUUUAGGACAACAGAGAGUUCUGUUUGGCCGUCAAGAAAUCUGAGGAUUAGUAUCUUGGGCUAUGUCAAUAUUGCAAGCUUCCAUAGCACAAUAGUGAGAUACCCUUUUAGCAAUUUCUCAUUAAUGGAUAUGUCGUAUGCUUCAAUGACAUGCAACUGUCUAAAAUCGCCUGAAACAGGUAUUGUGCAGUUUAUAUCAUAGAACAAUGUUUUCUCCAAAAGAAGUUCUAAAGGAAUGGUAAGAUUUUGCUAGAGGAAAUAUGUACCCUCACCAGCGGCAAAGUGGUGAAUGAUCGCUGUUUUGCCAUGUAAUUAUCUAGUUUGACUGUGAUUUAUUGUUGAAUCAACAAAAUUCUCAUGGCUUUCGUUUUCUUUAGUAUUGGUUGUCAAUAACGAUAAGGACGCCAAUUGUAAUUUACUGAUAAUAUAUAAAAUUAGAUAUAGAUUAUCAUUUAUAUA